GACUUCAGAGCAUUAACUGUAGUUCGGAGGUUGAGGUAUAUAGCGUCUUUAAACAAUGUCUAAGUACGAAGAAGUCAGCGUGCAUGGCUAUGAAGAGUUUUGUCAGGCAGUGGCUAACAGGAAAGGAAAAGAUAUCUUUGCAUAUUUCUCUGGUGAUAAAGAUGCAAGUGGGAAUAGCUGGUGUCCAGACUGUGUAAAAGCUGAACCUGUUGUCAGAGGGGAAAUGGGCCAUCUUCCUGAGGAUUCUGUUUUCAUCUACUGUCAAGUCGGAGAAAGAGCUUACUGGAAGGAUCCAAACAAUGACUUCAAGAAGACAUUAAAGUUGACUGGGGUUCCAACACUUCUACGAUAUGGCACACCUCAAAAACUUGUGGAGGAGGAAUGCUUCAAAUCAGAACUAGUGCGGAUGAUGUUCACUGAAGACUGAAGUGCCUUAUAC